AUGGCAAUACAUUCUCAAGUUCGUCUAACUGUAUUAGAAUAUUCUACAGCACUUCAAGCAACUAUUCCAGUUUGCUCAACCUCAAUAACCACUUCAGUUUGCCCAAUAAUAGCUCAACCAAUAACUGUGCUAAUUCGCCUAUCAAUUAGUAGUGAAUAUGUUCAAAUUUUCAGAAAUAAUCCUUAUGAGUUGCCAAGAAUGCCAAGUGUAGAUAGACUAAUAUCACCAGAUAAAUCUAAUGCUACAGUAGCUAGAAGAAUUAUGGAAAGUAUCUUCAAUAUAUCAGUCACUCAACUGUCUAAUUGGCUUAAAGCCAUUCACAAACACCAUAGAGAUAGAUUAAAAAAAAGACAAGCUGGAAUAUUAGGAAAAGUUGAUAGAAGGUUACAUGCUAAUACUCAUUUUACUGAAUUAAAGUUAUUACUUCAAGACAUAUUAAAUCCAAUGGCUGAACAGCAGGUUUAUAACAAAAAGCAAUAG